AUGGAAACAUUGAAAAUCGCUGCUCUUGUUCAAAUCGGUAUGUUCACAAUAAUUUUAUUUUUUACUCUUCUUUAUUCAAUAUUAAUUUUAUUUGGUAAUCGUUUUCAUCAGCGAAAUAAUAUAUUAACAUUAAAUAUAUGUAUAACAGCAACAUUUACUUGUAUUUAUUUUAUAAUUUAUUUUAUCUUAUAUAUCUUUGAUCAAAAUCUUCUAUUUGCUGAACAUAGAUGUCAUUUUUUAUUAUAUGCAUAUAAUAUGUCCAGUAUUGGAAUACCAUUUUCCUUCGUUGCUAUAUCUGUUCAUCGAUUUUUUUCAAUUGUCUAUCAUACAAAACGAUUUUUCAAAACAAAACAGUGGAUAAGAAUUUGUAUUUCAAGUCAAUGGAUAACUGAACUCAUUAUUUCAUUACCAUUCAUUCUUAGAAAAGGGCAGGUAGGAAUGAACAUACGAAAUGUUUUAUAA